AUGAAAACUUCAGAAGUUGCAGCCACAGCUAGCGACAACCAUGAGGAAAUUGGGCAAACUAUUACCAACGAGAACCCAUAUCCUGCUCUUUUCAUAUCCCAUGGGGGUCCCAAUUUCAUUUAUAAGGAUGAGGAGACCCAAAGACCAUGGAAUCAAGUUCGGAAAUUGGGUCAAACCAUUAAAAACAAUUGGAAACCUGAUUAUAUUGUGGUGGUGUCUGCACAUUGGCAAUCAUCUGGAUCGAAUUUGAUAGAAAUUUCAGUCCCUCCACCACCAAAGCCCAUUCUGUCUGUGGACAAGAGCAUUCUGCCCGUAGAUUCCACUGUAGAAAACCCUCUUAUAUAUGAUUUUUAUGGAUUCCCCAACCAUAUGUAUAGAGAACAAUUCCACUCAAAGGGAUCGUCAUUGAUUGCCGAGCAACUUCAAGCGAAAUUGAAAGAACAUGGAUUCCACGCUCAUGUCACUCCACGUGGAAUUGAUCACGGUGUAUGGGUCCCAUUCAAAGUUGCAUUUUCAGACUAUAAUACUCAAUCUGGGGUACAACCAAAGGAACCAACCUGGGACCUUCCCAACACACCAGUGAUUCAAGUUUCACUCACCUCCAAUGAUCGUGACUUUGAUUCGCAUUAUAGACUUGGUGAAGUUUUAGAUCAUUUUAGAAGAAAUCUCAUUUGGGAUCAACUGGAAAAUCGCCAUCUUAAAGGGCUUGUUAUUGGAUCUGGUAUGAGUGUACACAAUCUCCGUGACUUGAGAUAUGUAUUUGAAGGAAGAAAUGCACCAUAUGUUAAGCCAUUUUCUGACUUACUUUCUACAGCAUUAACCAGUGGGAAUACCAAGGAGAAUAAGAAGAGAGUAUUGGACAACUUGAAGGAAAUUCAAGCAAACCAUAGAGAUUUGCUUUAUAGGGCACAUCCAACAUUGGAACAUUUCUUGCCCGUUGUGGUAGUAUCUGCCUCAGCAGGGUUAUCACCAGUAAAAGAAUUGUUUAUGGAUUAUCAAGGAAGUCUUGCCUGGGGGAUGUACCAAUUUGGUGAAGAUUACCAAAAAUGA